AUGACAGAGCGCUUGGCCCUCCGCCCGGGUUUGGAUUUCCUCCCGAAUUUCCUGCCUUGCGAAGCGCCCUCCCUUCGAGCUCAGUUCAUAUGUCUUCAAGCAAUGCCUCAUCAUCGUCAACUCGCCACAUCUAGAGGACCUUCCCCUUCUACAACACUUCAGCCUCAACCUCAACCUCAACCUCAACCUCAACCUCAACCAGCCUAUUCAAGUAAUGGCAAAGAGGCACAGAGCCACGUUGACUCACUUCCUUCGACCUACGCUGCAAGAACUCCGGCAUAUAAUGCCGGUGCAUUUGUUCCUGCACCGUGCUCCAUACCUGUUCCGAUUCAGAGGCCGCCAAAUCUACCGGUGCAACCUGUGAACUCUAGGCAUACAGACGAAGACAGUGAAGCCUCGGAUGAUAGUAUCGAAGAGUUUAAUGAGGAUGACAAGGAUGACGAGGACGAGAUUGAGGGUGAGGACGAAAUUGAGGGUAAGGAUGAAAUUGAGGAUGAGGACGAGAUCGAGGAUGAGGAUACCGAAGAUCACCUUCAAGAUAUUGAGGAGAACCAGCAGGAAAUGGAGGGUUCAGAGUCUGAGGAUGAUGGUCGGAAAACGAACACUAAUAAUAACCAGCAGACGUGUGGAUCGCAACGCAGCCUCCAGCACUCUCAUCAAGCUUCACAUACUGAUGCUGUGGUCACAGAACGUGGCGGUGGGGUUUUGCGCACCUCAGACACGACAGCUGCAGCCCACCGAUAUACUUCACGAGCAUCAGCGCCGGAACGGCACACCAAGAGCGCCAGAUGUCAAUCAACUUACCCAAGUCGCUACAAGGAUGUCGACACCAUCGCUCAUUCAUCACUUCAAAUCAACACGCGCCAGCGCAAUCACCCACGCAAAAAAUCGGCCAUAGAUAUUGACCCUAGAGACUUGAAGAAACUCGGAUCCCUUCCAUCGCACUGGCGCUACGUAAUUGUUCAGGCUCGCCUAAGGCACCGUAAAUGGCUGGCAUCCAUCGACCCAUUCCCUGAAUACGAGACUUCUCUAAGGCAUUCGACGGCAUCUAUAUAUGAAGUGGUCGCAGAGUAUACCCAGAACUUCAGGGUACAGCUAUUGCCACCAGGUCAGCUGCUGGAUCACGAUAUGAUUAAAGGAGUUCAUGAGGAUGGGUCAACAUUCCGAGGUGAGCUCAAGCGUAUUGCACGCUUGAUUGUACAGACAUCCUACAAUCUCCUCUCUGCCUCCGACCUUGCUGAGAACUUGGACGCUGCCGGAUAUCAAGCUCGCAUUCCAAUUAUGUUGUUGUGCCACACAUUCUUCUACUUCGACAAGAAAUCUUUGGGUAUCCUGUUUCCAGAAACAUACAAAGAUGUUGUUCCGGAUAGGACAAUGGCUCUACUAAUCUGUGUCAUCAAGAACUGUCUGGAGGAAUGGGAGGGCGGCAUACACAAGACUAUCGACUUCUCGAAAGAAGCAUAUGAAAAAGACUUCGGUGCAAUCGUAGGACUCAUUCAAACUUUGAAGGCCCACCCGACAUUCGGACCCACAUACCAGUGCAUGUGUCAGCGAUGGGCAACAAAGGGACUCGGCUCAACGGAAGUCUGGCCGAACCAACUAUGGACUCAAGCUAGACUUUGGCAUCCCUGGGCCACCACUACCAUAUCAAUGAUUAAUUCUUUCUUCUCUAUGACAUCAUCCUUCCGCCCUGCCUAA